AUGUCGGCCACUUCUACGAUAAUCAUCCCCACAACGGCCUUUUACGACGCGUGGGCAACGACCUACGAUACCGACGGAAACGUCCUCCAACACCUGGACAGCGCCGCGUUUAAAGACAUCACGCCGCUCCUUUUCAGCGUCCUUCAGAAGCCAGUAAGGCUCUUGGAUCUAGGCUGUGGAACUGGACGAAACACCACCAAACUUAGGGGACUGCUCCCACCUGGGAGCACCUUAUACGCGGUCGACGGUAGUGAGGGGAUGUUGGCACAAGCGCGCGCUAGUAUGCCUGGAGAGCCAAGUGGCCAGGUUGAGGUCAAGUGGGGUUUGCUAGAUUUUACGCGACAGCAGGCGGAUCUCGACGCGUUCAUCGAUUCCGCGCCAGUUGACGUGGUCAUCAGCACCCUGGUGGUCGAACAUGUCAUGCUGGACCAAUUUUUUGCGGUUGUCGCGAGGAUUCUGAAGGUGGGCGGGUGGGCGUGGGUGACCGGGAUGCACCCCGACAUGGGGCAGAGUCGGGCUGGAUUUCGGAGGGAUGAUGGGGUCAAGGUACAUGGGAUUAGUUAUAUCCAUGGGUUGGAGGAGACGAUAGUCGCGGCAAAGAACGCUGGACUGAAGCUUGUUGGGAACGUUAAGGAACGCGGCGUUGACGAUGAGUUUGCAGUCCAGGAGCUUGGGGAAAGGGCCGAGAAAUGGGUGGGGAAACGCUUGCAUGUCGGGAUGCUUCUGGAAAGGGUGCUCUGA